AUGGAACGUAUUUACUCAGCCUUAUUUACAUCUGAGAUUCGUUGUGAGCCAUCAAAACUUACAGCAGCGGCGCUUGAGUUGCACAACGAAAAGCAAAAGACGCCGAAGCAGUUACCGCGCAUUAACGACGGAGGCAAACAACAGUCUGAAGCCUACAGUAGACGGGAAGAAUCUCUUGCUGAGGCGAAACGACAUGCAGCUGCCAGGCGUGAGGAAUUGCGCAAAAUGACGCUGGAUUGGAUGAGCGUCAGGAAAGACCUCAAGGCGGCGUGUCAAGCUGCGGUGAGAGCUUUUGUUUUGGCGUACGGUUCCAAGGCUUUUACUGCAGUGCUUUUAGCUUCAAGGAAAUGGAGCAGUCUGGAGUACGGAUACGCUGAUGCUGCAAGGCUUCUGUUGAGGAAAGAUACAAUUCGAUUUGGCAUUUUUUCUGGAAGUUUAGUGGGGAUCUUUCGAGUCACUGAACUCGUGACAAGGGCCGCUCGAGGCGGUAAAAGAGAUGCUGUUAAUUUGGCAAUUUCAGGAGCAGUGGCUGGAUUGACACUACUGCUAGAUUCGCCUUCAAGGCGCAGUACCAUCGCGCUGUACAUUUUUGUACGUAUGCUGGAUGUUGUGUUUCGCUACUUGGUGUCAAUUGGUGUUUUGCCGACGUGGCGAUACUCGUCGGAAGUGUUAUUUGCGAUGAGUAAUGCAGCGAUUAUGUAUGCAUUUGUGGUGGAUCCGAGUUUAUUGCCCAGGGGCUAUUACCAGUGGAUUUGUCGAAUUGGCGCUGUGAAUCACCAUGGAUUGGAGUACACGGUCCGUCAGCGAAUGCGAGGCCAACUAGACGCCCACGGAAACCCCUUGCCAUUUCGCCGAUGCCAACCACACUAUCACAUGGAAUCAUGCGUGACGCACGCCAUCAAGGAAUGGAUCAACGGAUUGGGGCGGUCAAUGCAAAUUUACCUUCCUGUGCACUUCCUCCCCGCAAUGUUUUUUCGCUUCCAGUACCUUCAGGAAGCUCCAUUGUCUACAAUUGCACGGAUUUCCUACGCAGCGCUGUGCUCUUCCGCGUUUCUUACGUCGUAUCAGACGAUAGCAAAACUGUUCGUUUGCACGGCUCGCAAUGCUUUCCACCGAGACUAUACCGCCACGUCACUUGCAGCUGGAGUUGCAACAGGUAGUUCUCUGUUGUUCGAGCAUACGAAGCGCCGCUUUGAACUCAUGUUAUAUUGUUUUCCACGCGCACUUGACAUCGUGUGGCAACUUUUGAAGCGCCGAGGUAUCAUUCGAUAUGUGAAGCACGGCGAAGUAGCGCUUUUCUGUCUCUCAAUGUCGCUCAUCAUGUCUAGCCCGGCCCGUUAUUUCAAACCGACUUAUCUCCAGAUUCUGCGGUUCAUUUUUGGAAGCGAUAUCAUUUGA